AUGGCCGACGGCGGCGAGGAGGGGAAUGUGGCGGCGCCCAGGGGCUUCUCGCGGCGGAGGGGCGCCGUGCGGGCCAGCCUCGACGCCGACGAGCUCAUGGCGCUCAUGCACGGCUCGGAUCCCGUCCGGGUCGAGCUCACCCGCCUCGAGAACGAGCUCAGGGACAAGGAGCGGGAGCUCGGGGAGGCGCACACGGAGAUACGCGCGCUGCGGCUGUCCGAGAGGGCGCGGGAGAAGGCCGUGGAGGAGCUUACAGAUGAGCUGGAGAGGAUGGACGAGAAGCUCAAGUUGACAGAAUAUCACCUAGAUAACAAAAAUCUAGAAGUCAAGAAGAUAAAUGACGAGAAAAAGGCUGCAAUGGCUGCUCAGUUUGCGGCAGAAGCUACUUUGCGAAGAGUGCAUGCAGCUCAAAAGGAUGAUGACAUGCCGCCAAUUGAAGCCAUUCUUGCCCCACUUGAAGCAGAGCUAAAGCUAUCUCGGCAAGAGAUUGCAAAGCUCCAGGAGGAUAAUAGAGCCUUGGAUCGACUAACAAAACAAAAAGAGGCAGCACUACUGGAAGCAGAAAGGACUGUGCAAAUAGCAAUGGCAAAAGCUGCUAUGGUUGAUGACUUGCAAAACAAGAACCAAGAUUUGAUGAAGCAAAUUGAGAUCUGUCAUGAAGAAAAUAAGAUAUUGGAUAAGUUGCAUCGCCAAAAGGUUGCAGAAGUUGAAAAGCUUAGUCAAACUGUGAGGGAGCUGGAAGAGUCUGUUCUUGCAGGUGGUGCAGCUGCCAAUGCUGUUAGAGAUUACCAGCGCAAAGUGCAGGAGAUGAAUGACGAAAGAAAAACACUUGACCGUGAACUUGCUCGUGCGAAAGUUACAGCAAAUAGGGUUGCUGUGGUGGUAGCAAAUGAGUGGAAAGAUUCUAAUGAUAAAGUGAUGCCAGUUAAACAGUGGCUUGAAGAGCGCAGAUUCAUGCAGGGUGAAAUGCAACAACUUCGUGAUAAGCUUGCUGUUGCAGAACGAACAGCACGGUCUGAAGCUCAACUUAAGGAAAAAUACCAGUUGCGCCUGAAAGUUUUGGAAGAUGGACUGCGAGGGCCACCAAGUGGCUCUAGUCGACCGCCUACUGAAGGGAAGAGUUUCAGCAACGGUCCUUCCCGUCGGUUAUCACUCGGCGGAGCAGAUAAUGUGUCUAAAGUCUCACCAAAUGGCUUAUUAACAAGGAGAUCUCCAUCUUUCCAUUCAAGAUCCUCUCUUUCUUCUAGCAGCAGCUUGAUACUAAAACACGCUAAAGGAACUUCAAAGUCAUUUGAUGGUGGAACUAGGUCACAAGACAGGGGAAAGGUCCAUGGGAAUGGAUCACAUUUACUUAACAAAUCUACAGAUGCAGUUAAAGAUCGUGAAGCGAAUGAUGGUUGGAAAGGGACUGUGGAUGAGGGAACUAAUGAAAGUCCAAAUAGCAAUGCAGAUCAGAGAAGUAAUGAAACCACAAAUAGCAACUCAAUUGAAAUGGUCUCUGGUUUCCUGUAUAAUAUGUUGCAGAAGGAGGUGGUAUCUUUGAGGAAAGCAUGCCAUGAAAAAGAUCAAAGUCUAAAGGACAAAGAUGAUGCCAUUGAAAUGUUAGCAAAGAAAGUUGAUACCUUAACCAAAGCCAUGGAAGUGGAGGCUAAAAAGAUGAGGCGAGAGGUUGCUGCCAUGGAGAAAGAAGUUGCAGCUAUGCGUGUCGAUAAGGACCAAGAAAUCAAAGCCAGGCGGCUUGGUAACUCAAAAGGGUCUGGGAGUUCUCAACUGCUUCCUGGAAGAAGCGCAACACGAAGUGGGUUGGCACGCAACUUCCAAUGA